AUGCAAUGUGCUUGUAUUUGUUACUCUUGUUUUUAAUCUCUAGAAUACGAUGGAUGUUCUUUUUUUCUUACUAAAUACGGAGUAUAUUGUACGGAGUAUCAAACAUGUUUUUUUUUCCGCCGUUCUUCCGUAUCCAAUCCCAAAAAUGGCUCCGAAGCAGCCGAACAGUGGGCUAUUCGUGGGGCUGAACAAAGGUCAUGUGGUGACCAAGAAGGAACUCGCUCCGCGCCCCUCCGACAGAAAAGGAAAUUAAAAACGAGCAAAAGGCCGGCCUGGCCGGGUACAUUUCACAUGAAUUUCAGGGCCUACAACAUGCCGAAGACAACCGGUGGCUCUUCCUCCGCUGCCGCCAAAACUGUACCGGUCCAACAGGAACCGGUGGAGAUCCAUUCUGAGGAGGAAACUCCUCAAACCGGGGGAGCUGCUCAGGCCGGGAACAUCCCGGUGAAUCCUCCCCUCGACAAGGGAAAAGGGAAGAUGAGGAUGAAGAAGACCGCCACCACCCAUCCAGCGGCGAAGAGGAGAAGGGGGGAAAACGCCCCGGGUGCAGAGUCAAUGGAAGAGCUUUGGAUGGGCGAGGUCGGGCCGGAAACUUUGGAGAAGCUCGCAGAGGACUCCACCUCCCGGUCACUUCAGCUGGAGGAGAAACUGAAGGGAGUUGAAGCCCACAACCGGGAGCUGCAGGAACUGAUAGCCCGGCAGCUUGAAGAGGUGUCCAAUCUUUCUAUGAUUGCCGAGGGGGGCAAGGCGGAGACCCUCCAGCUGAAGGAGGAGAACUUGAAGCUGAUGGAGGACUUGGAGCUGAAGGAGUGUGAGUUCCCCGGCAAGGCCAAGCAAUGGGUUGGGGAGAACUUGGAGGAGACGGCCCGGGUGAUUACAUCUACCCCGGAGGUGACGAUGGAGGCCUUCAAGUUCAUCUACCGGGAGGAGCAGGGGAAAGAGAUGAUCACACAGAUCGGCUCUUACGGUUUUAUGUCCGGGCAGAAAAGAGACCGGGAGGCUACACAUGCAGUCCUGACGGAACGUGAUCCGGCUUUUUCUGCUGAAGCCUAUGGUCUGGCCCCCAUCCCUGAUGAAGAGCCUGAACCCCCCUUCCCUUUGGAGUGAAUUCUCCCCGGCUGCGCCCGGUCAUUUUUGUAAAACUCCAAACUUGAAAUUUCCCCGGUGUGCCCGGUGUACUUGUAAACAUUUAACAUUCUUGUUCUGUCGAAUGUCGUGUUUAAUUUCAUCACCGGUUAAUCUUCCACAUCUUGCUUCCUUAAUUGCUAUUUUGCUUUUGUUCCU